AUGGAACUGGCAAGCAUGAGUCGCACAGUGACUCGCAGGGUGAUCAAAACGACGUCCUACGCCCGCUACUACAGCAUCGUCCACGAUGUGCCUCGCACGACAGCCAGUCUAAGCCAAAGUCCUCCCCCACCACAACCCCAGAGCCAGUCUGUCUUCGAGCAGGCCGUCAAUGCCACCGGACCUCGCAACAACUGGACCAAAGAUGAGAUCUCACAGAUACACCAGACUCCUCUCAUGGAGCUGGCCUUUGCUGCAGGCACCGUCCACCGCCGAUUCCACAAACCGUCAGCUGUCCAAUUGUGUACAUUGAUGAACAUCAAGACUGGGGGAUGCACAGAAGACUGCUCCUAUUGUGCUCAAUCUUCUCGAUACAAGACUAACCUCCAAACCACCAAACUCUCCACCGUCGACUCCGUCAUCGAGGCGGCCAAGAUCGCCAAAGCCAAUGGGUCAAAUCGCUUCUGUAUGGGUGCCGCCUGGCGUGAUAUGCGUGGACGGACAAGAGGCCUGAAGAAUAUUGUUGAAAUGGUCAAAGGUGUACGAGGCCUGGGCAUGGAAGCUUGCGUUACCCUCGGCAUGCUAGACAAGCAACAAGCGAAAGAGUUGAAAGAAGCCGGCCUGACUGCCUACAACCACAAUCUCGACACCUCCCGCGAACAUUAUCCCAACGUUAUCACUACACGCACCUACGAUGAGCGAUUGCAGACUCUGGAGAAUGUCCGCGAGGCCGGCAUCCACGUCUGCAGCGGUGGCAUCCUUGGCCUGGGUGAGACCCCUGAGACAGACCAUGUCGGCUUGAUCCACACACUGGCUACGUUGCCAGAACAUCCCGAAUCAUUUCCCGUCAACAAACUUGUCCCGAUCAAGGGAACGCCCAUGUUCGGUCAAGAACCAGUGAAACUAGAAGAUAUUGUCCGUUGCAUCGCAACCGCUCGUCUGGUCAUGCCCCAGACGAUCAUUCGGAUUGCAGCAGGAAGAGUCACCAUGCCCGAGAGUGAGCAGAUGCUAUGCUUCAUGGCGGGAGCCAAUGCCAUCUUCACGGGAGAGAAAAUGCUCACGACUGAGUGCAAUGGCUGGGACGAGGACAAGGCCAUGUUUCAACGAUGGGGCCUCGAACCCAUGCAGACGGAGGCCAGCCAGAUUGUCGAGGAGCCCAAAUUUGAGGCCCAGAGCUUUGCUCAUUUGCGCGACGAGAACAAGACUUCUCCUCAGGUUGCGGCAUAA